AUUUUCGCUGGUCGUUUUGAUUAUUCCAGUUCUGAAUCCCUCCAGAAAAUAAUCCCAAACAAUCGAGGAUCGUUCACAAUGGCUGAACCUUGAUCUUUUUUGACACAUUGAAAAAAUAUAUCAAAAUUCGCAAGCUUCAAAUUACACAAGUUAACAUUUUACUCUUUUAUGGAAGACGGAGUGGGAGAAUUCGAAAUCCCAAGAACCAAGAUAUUCCUGGUAUUUGUAUCGCUGGUUUUGAAAUUUUAUUGUCAUUUAUCAGGAGUACUCUCGCAGCAGGGAGACCUCGCAAUUAUGAAUUCCUUAGGCGUAAUAAAUAGCGUACGGGAUUGGCUGAACUUCGAUUGGCAGCACCAGGUCGUCGAAAUCUCGAAAUUGCCAUUAUCCCCGGAAAACGCUACUCCCAACUACGAGGAGUGCGUUAAAACCGUCCUGAAGUGGGUCGUGAUGACGCGGAUGAUAAUAGCCCACCUGUACACAGCAACUUACAUCGCAAACUUCUAUCCAAUUUUAACUUUAUGCCGGGAAAGAUUACUGGUUCCCUGGUUGGCGAUGAGUGCUGUCAAGAACUUCGUCCUGGAAAUUAUUGUCUUCGUGGUUGUUGUCCUCUUGUACCUGCAGAAUCAUCUGUCUUUUUAUUUAUUGUGCGAAUUUUUUAUCCACAAAUUUGCGACACUUGCCCCCGCUGUGUAUAACUGGUUCACCCUCAGUUCAUUCUACACAGAACUAAAAAUGAAAAAUCGUAGAAAAUUACCGAGACUCAAUACCUCGAUCUUCUACCGAGACUCGUCGAUCGUCUACAAGCAUCCAAAUGUGAUAAUAGGUUUGCCCAUGCAGACAGUGAAUUUCUACUACCCUCGAGAGCCCUUGAACCCCAGCCCUGGUCCCCCAAAGAGAGCGACCUCCCUGAUAAACUAUUCCCAUCCCCAGGAGUCAACAAUCAUCCGACCAUCAAAAUCGUUAUCAAAAAUUUUAAUCGACAAAAGAGAAAUCGAUUUCUCCGUCACAGAAAAAGCGCAGCAUCACGUGGGAAACUCUCGUGAGUCAAUUACCGAAGGUUCAACGUCAUCAUGUGAUUGUUCAAUGCAGGAUGACCAAGAAGAGGUCAUGGAUCGGUACUCAGAGCCAAUUACGCCUCCGCAAUCAUCUUUUCUACAUCAUGACUGGCUUUUUAAAAAGAUGAAUAAUAAAUUCGUUCUGAGCAACUACACAAACCUCCUGGAUCAAUACAACGACGAGGAGUCUUCCAGAUGGUCUUCUGGGGAAGACACUGGUGCCGAGGACUCCUGCACGACAAUUAUCAAGAAUCCUGUGGGUCAAGUGCCGAAGACAUCGAAGAUAUCGAUAAAAAUUGACUCGACUCAGUGGAGGAGGCGACUGGAGAUCAUCGGAUCCUCCUUCGAGUCCACUCUUCAGUACUACAAUCAGUCCUACGAUUGCCAGUCAUCAAAACUCAGCAAUGAUCUGGGAUCGAGCAGAAGUUGGAUCCUAGAUGGAAUGAUAAUCACCGGGACUGUGAGUAAUCGAAAGAAAUCGAUUCAGGGAUUGAAGGCGAGAGGAAAAGGAGCUGAUAGGGUGGAAAUGGAGGCCCUGAAGGCGUAUAACAAGAAGACGUUGUGGGAGGAUCGGCAGAGAGUGAAGAUGGACAUGGAAAAAUUACGCAAAUACUCGAGUCGAUUCUCGAAUGACGAAGGGUGUGAAGGGGAGAUUAUAAGGGAAGAAAAUAAGCAAGUGAUGAAGAUGGAGUCGGUGGAGAUGAUUAAAGAAAUUAUUGCUGGUCUCGAUUGGUCCCUGGAGUCCUUUUCAACUGAUUUCUCUCGUCGAGAUGAAGUUAAUCCAGCGGAUAUUUUUGAUGACCAUGAAAAUUGCACGGGGGUAACUAAUCCUGUCUCAGAUAACAUGAACAACACCGUGGAAUUACUUCUAUUUGCCUUCGGCUUCAGUGACAGGCGGGGAUCCGGUGAGUGGAGUUCAGGCAUUUAUUCCCCAUAUGAAGAAAUACCUAAUGUAUUUUUUGAGAUAAUAAAAACGGCCAGGGUGAGGACUAUGAAACACGACUGUCAUUGCCGGAGAACCGACGAUGUGGAUUAUGGAGAUAAUUAUUGGAGGAAUGUGGAAUAUAUCACGUAGACCGAGGGAGGUGAAAAAAUCCAAUUAUGAUGAAAAGUCACUUUUCCCCCCAGGGACAUUCUAGACCAGUUUGUGGACUUAAACAUCGAUUUUUUUUCAUUGUAUAUUUAUAUCAUUUAUAUUAUUCAUGUCAUGUGAAUCAAAGGCGAAACUGAUACAUUUGCCGCAUUACAAUUGUUACAGAAUAGGAAAAUAUGAAAAUGUAAAAAUAAAUUUUCACUUUCCUCUUAGAAUUCUGAUCUGAAAAGUUUGGCUGGCCGGGUGGAGAGGGAGGGGGAGGGGGCAAGUUAUUUUUUCUGGUUUAAGUUCUAUUAACAUUUUCGGAGCACAUGUAUGUGAAAGUGAUCUUUAAAUAUUCCGUACUGAGAAAAAAAAAUUAUUCUCGGCAAAGAUUCAUUGACGUGAGAGAAAAAUGUAUUUUCAUAAAAUUAUUAUUUCUUCAGAUGACUUUUACUAGGUGUUAAUAAUCAAAAUCAUACUGCUCCAGAGGAUGGCGAUGUUAGUUAUGACUUUGAAGAGAUUCUCUCGAUAAUUAUUAAUAUUAAUGGAUUCCCUCGAUUUUUUCUGCUACAAAAAUUCGGUAUUCACAGAAAAUGAAUAAUCGGUGGAAUUUAUUCAAAGAUAUAUCCCACAAAAAUCAUCCUCUAAAACAAUAUGACUAUUAUUAUUAUUAUU